UUAAUUUAGCCAUGUCCAACAACGAAAGAACCUUCAUUGCCAUCAAGCCAGAUGGUGUCCAAAGAGGAUUGAUUUCCUCCAUUAUCGGCAGAUUUGAAAACAGAGGUUUCAAGUUGGUUGGUAUCAAGUUGGUCCAACCAACCGAAUCUUUGUUGAGAGAACACUACGAUGACUUGCAAUCCAAGCCAUUCUUCCCAUCCUUGUUGUCCUACAUGUUGUCUGGUCCAGUCUUGGCCACCGUCUGGGAAGGUAAGGACGUUGUCAAGCAAGGUAGAGCCAUUCUUGGUGCUACCAACCCAUUGCAAUCCGCUCCAGGUACCAUCAGAGGUGACUUUGCCAUCGACAUGGGUAGAAACGUCUGCCACGGUUCCGACUCUGUUGAAUCUGCCAACAAGGAAAUCGGUUUGUGGUUCAAGAAGGAAGAAUUGGUUGAAUACAAGCCAGCUUUGUUCUCCUGGAUCUACGAGUAAGCGUGCUGGUAAAUUUCUUUGCUACCUACGUUUAUCAAUUUCUAAAUAGCUUGGCCGACUUUAACUAGUUCGCGCCAUGUCACUUGAUUGUAAUACACAUCAAUUGCUAU